AUGGACGGGAAAAGAGGCAUCGCGCUCUACGCUCAGAUUUUUCUCGUGUGCGUACUGAUCCAGUCGACAGACGCCAUCGCGACCCUGUCUGUUACAAGCCAGCCUUACAACGUGAAUGAAGACGCUACCGACGGGGACGUUGUUAUUCCACAAGCUGACAUAGCGACCACCGGAGUCAGCGGUACUCUGACGUUCUCCUUCGACCCAUUUCUUCCGGCGUCUCAACCCUUCCAAAUUCUUGACGUGGCAACAGGCCAGGUGACGCUUGACCUGUCCACCCUGACGAAGUUGGACCAUGAGCAGGUGGACCAGUACGACAUAACCCUCCGAGCAGAUGACACCGACGGCAGCUUUACGACAGUCGACGUCACGAUUCUGAUCGCCGACGUCAACGAGGUGCCGCAAUGGCUGUCCCUGCCCCGAACCGUGCGGAUCGAGGAGACGCUAACUCCCAGUACUGUCAUCUUUACCCUGCUGAAUGCAGCGACCGACGAAGAUGACGGGCAGUCGCUGUCUUACGCGAUAAAUCCUGCCAGUACCGUGUUCGCCAUUUCCGGAACGAACGUCGAGACCAUUGCCGCGCUGGAUUACGAAACUACAACAUCGUACGAGCUGACCAUCGAGGUUUCCGAUGACGGAGCCACACCUCUGACUGCCACGUCUACACUGACGGUGUCAAUUGUGGACGUCAAUGACCAAUCUCCAACUUUUGGCGCUGCAACCUGUACGGGCUCCGUUUCCGAUGAUGUCAGUGUAGGGACAGCGAUCUCACUUCCAGGCUGCACGCUGGCAGCAACUGAUGGAGAUAGUGGGGACACCAUAACAUAUGCUCUAACAGGAGCAGACAGCAGCUACUACGCCAUAGACGCCUCCAACCCAACCAGCAUAAACGUGGCCCAGUCUCUGUCCGGGCAGGCCGGUACUCACACCAUCACCGUCUCAGCUACAGACGCUGCAGGGAAUACUGGAACCCUGACCGUGACCGUCAUCGUAGCUGACGGCUCCAACGACAACGCGCCAAUCUGCAACCCGAGCGUCUACUUCGUCUCGGUACAAGAGAACUCUGCAACAGGAACGUCCGUGGCGACACUAGCGUGCACGGACGCCGACACUUUGGACACCUUGGUGUACACCAUCAUCAGUGGCGUCGACGGCACCACACCUGAGUUUGAGAUGGACGCAACUACCGCAGAGAUGAUGCAGACAGCCGUCGCCCUGGACUACGACACUCUCUCCUCCAUCAACUACCAGUAUGAUGUUAAGGUGGAGGUGACUGAUGGAGCCAACACGGUCACAGCUACGGUUAUCGUACAGAUUACUGGUAUCAAUGACAACACACCGAACCUUGCUAUUGCAUCUCCGGUCGGCACGAUUUCUGAGGACGCAGCUAUCGGGACGACUAUCCUCGCUGCAUCGGACUUCACCGCCACUGACAACGAUGCAGGGACAGACGGGGACCUGACGUUUUCUCUGUCGGUUGACAACGACGGUGCAAGCAAAUUUGACAUCGUGGCCUCCACGGGUGUCGUCGUGCUGAUCGACUCGCUUGAUGCAGAGACAUACGCCACGUACUCCCUCACCAUCACGGUGACGGAUGGUGGGACCAACCCAUCAGCGUUAUCAGCCAGCGCCUCUCAAACCCUCUUAGUCGCCAACGUGAACGACGUCGCCCCAUCCUUCGCGCAGACCCUCUACGAGGACGCCAUCUUGGAAACCGCCGCCGCCAACACAAUUGUCCGAACCCUGGCAGCUACGGAAGGGGGGGAGGGCGACACGCUCACAUAUUCCAUCGUCAGCGGGAACACAAACAGCAAGUUCGCCAUCGCCGGUACCAACAACGACGAGAUUCAGCUGGCCGCGACCUUUGACCUGACCCUUGACCCGCUGACCUACCUGCUGGGGGUACAGGUCACGGACGGGGGGUCACCUGAGCUGACCGGCACGACCACGGUCAGGGUGGACGUCACUCUGGUCAACUCCGACACGCCGGCAUUUGCUUUGGUUAUCAUCCCAAGUAUUGUGGCUGAGAACACUGCGGCCGGAACUGUCAUCGACACACAGACAGCUACUGACAACGACUACGGCUCCUUCGGGACUCUCACGUACUCUUACACUGUGUCGCCUACCUCGGACCUGUUUGUGUACGACGGUACCACCGGGCAGCUGACCCUGGCCAGGCCGCCAGACUUCGAGUCGGAUGACAGCCAGUACAACAUCAUCGUCACGGCUACGGACGGUGGAGGGCUGGUGUCCACGGCAACGCUCACCGUGUUCAUCACUGGCGAGAACGACAACACGCCGUAUUUUGACAAAGGUCAGUACAUCGCCCAGAUCUUCGAGAGCGACACGGUCGGCACGGAGAUCGCCACGCUGGCGGCAGCCGACGCCGACCUGCCGGGAGACAACCUCACCACCACCAUCUUCACGGGAAACAGCGCCGGCAAGUUCCAGCUCAAGACGGGGACAGACACCACGGCUAGUCCCGUGGUGGAGCUGGCAACGACCAUAGACCUCAGCACGGACCCGUCCUCUUACACUCUGGUGCUGCAGGUAAAAGACGGCGGUACACCCGAACUGACCGGAUCGGCCACAAUCAACGUCAUCGUGACGGACACCAACACAGCACCCACUAUAUCUGAUGCCACCUUUUCGAUAAACGAAGACGCCGGGAUUGGAGACACGGUCGGUACCGUGCAGGCAACCGACCCCGACAGUGGGACCGACGGACAGCUCACUUACACAACAUCAGUGUCCCCUUCGGCCGGUGAUAGCCUGUUCGUGUACGACACGUCAUCUGGCGGUAUUGAAGUGAUUGGCGCGUUGGACUUCGAGACUCAGAAUCAGUACAUCAUGACUAUUAUUGUACAGGAUGGGGCAUCGGCUUCGGCAACAGCGUCGGUAACCAUUAAUGUUUUGGAUGUGAACGAUGUCGCCCCGUCGUUUGACCAGAACCUUUACCAGGUUUCAAUAAACGAAGACGAGCCUACAGGAACGAACGUCCAGACCUUCGUCAUGACGGAUCCAGAGGGGACGGGCGCCAUAACCUUCGACUUCGUCAAGGGAAACGAGGCGGGAAAAUUCGUCCUCAACAGCAACUCCGUGCAAAUCGACUCAGUCAUCAACCUGGACUCUCCGGACCUACACGACGUCCACUACACCCUGGUGGUAAAGGCUAUGGAUGGGGGGACGCCGGAGCUGACCAGUACGGCCACAGUGGAGGUGGAGAUACUACCGGUCAACGAGAACCCGGACUUCAGUGCGCUGACCACUCCCUUCAUCAGCUCGGUUCCAGAGAGUUCCGCGAUCGGCACAAACAUCGCCACGCUGACUGCAGUAGACAACGACUACGGGAGCCAGGGAGAGCUUACCUAUUCCUUGGGCUGUAAGUACGCUAUAUAA